GGCAUCGCUGAGGGAAAAGUGCACAGAUUGACGGACGCGCCUGGUGCUGAACGCUUUGUUAAAGGCGCUGCUUUUCUGACGCUCCUCAAUAAACUCUUCGUUUCUCCUAUUUAUAUCUGGGAAAGACGAGCAGCGGUGAAGAAUUAAUGUCUUAUUUUCCUGUUUGAUUUUUUGAUUUUUAUUUUUUUGCAUUCUGCUGGAUGAUCCAAACAAAGACGCUUUUGCCAUGACUACAGAUGAGAUAGAAAGUCACCAGAAAAAGCCGAAGCAGCAACAGGAGGAGGCUGUCCAUGAUACCCAGCUGCAUUCUCCUGAGGAUGAAAAUCUCCAGCCUCGAAAUCGAAACUCUGCCAGCCGUGGUCUCUCACGGCUCUUCUCCUCACUGUUGAAGCGGCGUUCACAGUGUGAUAGUGACGGGGGGCAGAGGGAAGAAGAGGACGAUGAAGCUAAAGCUCCUAUUGCUGAUCCUGAACCUGAACUGAAAAUUGAGGGAGAGGUUGCUUUGGACCAGCAUUCAGUCAGCAGUCUAGACGCUCAGGCUCUUCAGGCUGAAAAGAAAGACGUCAACGAGGAUACGACUGAAAAGGUGAAGGAGAAGAAUGAUGAAAAGGGGGAAGCAGUUGUUCUGGACAAGGAGGAGGAUGAGGAGGACAAAGGAAAGGAAUUGUCUCCUGAUGGAAAGGACAAAGAGGAAAAGGAGAAGACCACAGAGGAGGAGACCAAAACGCCCAGAGCUCCACGCCGACCAAAGACGCUACAGAUCACCGUCACGCUGCUGGAUGAUGCUGUGUUUGAGUGCGAGCUGGAUAAACAUGCCAAAGGUCUGGAACUGUUCAUGAAGGUGUGUGACCAUCUCAACCUGCUGGAGAAAGACUAUUAUGGCCUGGCCAUCUGGGAGACCCCCACCAUGAAGAUCUGGAUGGACCUGACCAAAGAGAUUCGCAGGCAGGUGCAAGGUACCAACUAUGAUUUCACAUUUAAUGUGAAAUUUUACCCACCGGAUCCCGCCCAGCUCUCAGAGGAUAUAACAAGGUACUACCUGUGUCUCCAGCUGCGGAAGGACAUCUUGCACGGCCGCCUUCCCUGCUCCUUCGUCACCCUGGCUCUACUGGGCUCUUAUGCCCUGCAGUCAGAGCUGGGCGAGUAUGACCCUGAGGUGCAUGGCAGUGAUUAUGCUAAGGAGAUGAAAAUGGCUCCAGGCCAGACCAAAGAGCUGGAGGACAAAAUGAUGGAGCUGCAUCGUACAUAUAGGACAAUGAGUCCAGCCCAGGCAGAUCUGAUGUUUUUGGAGAAUGCCAAGAAACUCUCCAUGUAUGGCGUGGACCUUCACCAGGCCAAGGACCUUGACUGCGUGGACAUCAUGCUGGGAGUGUGCUCCAGUGGCCUAAUGGUUUACAAAGACAAACUGAGAAUCAACCGGUUCCCGUGGCCCAAAGUCCUGAAGGUGUCCUACAAGCACAGCAGCUUCUUUAUUAAGAUACGACCAUCUGAGGUGGAACAGUACGAGAGCGCGAUCGGUUUCAAGCUUCCUAAUUAUAAGGCUGCCAAGAAGCUGUGGAAAGUAUGUGUCGAACAUCACACCUUUUUCAGGUUAACCUCCACUGAGAUGGCCACCACGCCGAGAAAGUUCCUAGCGCUGGGCUCCAAAUUCCGCUACAGCGGACGGACCCAGGCUCAGACCAGACAGGCGAGCUCCCUGAUCGACAGGCCUGCUCCCAUGUUCCAGCGUUCCUCCAGCAAGAGGAACUCACGCAGUCUGGAUGGAGCAAUGGCCACCACUCCUGACAACAAAUCUAAUCGUCCAGUCAGUGCGCCUGUUAUGUCACCAGUAUCUCCAGGUGAGGCAAGGCCAUCACCUCUGCUACCCACACUGCCACGCCAUAACCACAUUGAUGGCUCUACACCUAAAGGCCAGCGCCACACAGACUGGAAGAAGGAGCCAAAGACAGAAUGUAAGGCAGAGCACACCAAGAGCCACAGCCCCAAACCACAGACUUCAGAGAUGAAGACUGUGUCCAGGAGAGAGCGGAGGCACUCCCCGUCCAUGACCAAUAGGGAGAAAGAGAAAAAGAGCCAGCUUUCUUUUCAGGAUAAAAAGAUGGAAAUGGUUCGAAUAAGGAAGAAGAGACCCAAGAGACUUGAGGGUGAAACUAUUUAUAUCAGACAUAGCAAUUUAAUGUUGGAGGACGUAGAUAAGACCCAAACUGAGAUAAUGCGUCACCAUACCAGUAUCAGUGAACUCAAGAGAAGCUUUAUGGAGUCAGUACCGGCACCUCGACCCAGCGAGUGGGACAAGCGUCUUUCUACCAACUCCCCGCUGCGCACCAUGAGCAUCAACGGCCAGCUGCAGCCAGCGUCUCCGGUGCUACGGGCUCAGACUGUCACUAUCUCAGACAUCACCAACUCUGUAAGAGGAACUGUGACUUAUAAGGACAUUCCUUUGGUUCACACCGAGACAAAGACCAUCACAUAUGAGUCUGCACAGCCUGUGGAAAACCUAGCAGAGAAGGAUUCAGGAGUGCUGUUGAGUGCCCAGACCAUCACCUCUGAGACUGUCAGCACCACCACCACAACCCAGAUCACCAAGACGGUGAAAGGAGGGAUAUCCGAGACCCGGAUAGAGAAGAGAAUCGUCAUCACCGGAGACACAGCAAUUGAUCAUGACAAGGCUUUGGCUCAGGCUAUUAAAGAGGCAAAGGAGCAGCACCCAGAUAUGUCGGUCACCAAAGUGGUCGUACACCAGGAAACAGAGAUAACUCCAGAUUAAGAAGCCCACUCAGACGCCCCUUCUUCUUUUUUAUGACUCCAUCACAACAUUUUACCUCAGUGACCCCAAUCAUUACGUCUAGCGGCCCUGCCUUCGACAUGACCAGACCUUAUCAGAGGGAGGAAGCAUCAGCGGGGAAUCGAGUUCACCUUCAAGAGUUUGAGUUUUGGUGAAAGGAGACAGCCACAAGGAGAAACCUCCCCCCUCCCUUUCCGUCCUCUACCUAUAGAGCAAUCUUCUAAAGUUUUGAAUAAAAUUGAAAUUAAAAAAAUAAACCUUUUCAUAGUAACAGGAAUCUAACAUGAAUUGAUUUAUUCCUCCUAUUUGUGUGGAGAUUAAAAAAGUAAAAAAGAAAAAAACAGCGAAGGGCAUUUGGUCUUUUAAUCUUGAGAUUUCAACUUUAUUUUUCUACAGCUUUUCUUACCAUCAGAAUUGGUUACCAAAAUCUUGAAAGUCAACAGUUUUUUAACAAAGUGCUGAAAAAUGCUUUCAAAAGUAUUGUGAGAAUCUACUGGACUGGAGCAUUCCUCACAACGUUUUUCAGUUUGUUGAUACGUCUUGUACAGUAAAUACUUUAUUUUCCCUCUCAAUGUGAAAAGAUAUUUUUUCAUCAUAUGUACAAAUUGAUUAAUUUAUCAAAGCAGGGCAUUGAAUUUGGAUGAGUGACUUAAUUAGUCCUAUUUAAGAUUUGGCUUCAACACCUACAGAGUCAUUAGACACCCUUUGAUCGUUUCAGCUGUUGUUGUCGUAGUGCUUGUGUCACACUAAGGGGGAAUUAUUAAGAUCACAUAGUACUGAAACUUCCUUUAUUUAUUACCAUCUCUGUAUUUUUAGUGUUUUAUAGUUUAGAUUUAGACUCCGAACCAUGUUUGACACCAUAGCUGUUUAUUAAAAUAAUUCCUUGAUCUUAAAUACACUUAUUUCCCUUUUCACUGAGCAGUUAAUCAUUUCACCUCACCUGAAUUUGUUUUAUUUUUAUCUUAACUUCUUAUUGGGCAGUGCACACUCUUAUUUGAUGUCUCUCCAGUUUAUUGAAAUAGAUUUAAAAAGACUUGUUUAAAGCAGCAUCAUUGUUAUUAGAACUCAAAUUCUAGCAAACAUUACAGAAUAACUUAGCUACAAUAUGUCUUUGGCCAUUUUUUAAUCCUUUUAAGGCUUUUAGAAUAUGUUUAUGUCCAGGAAGUCAAUUUUCUAUCUCUUUAGAUGAGCCACUAAAUAAAAA